CAGRGCGCCCCUCGUGCAGCAGCGCCGCCAUUCCCGGAGCGUUUGUGGGGGMUCGGGAGCGGCGGCGGCGGAGCUCGGAGGCGCUCCCAGUGCAGAUUUAAGAUUCAAAGUGGACCAAGGCCCCUGUGUCUAUCAGGAAUCACCUCCUCUCAAUCCAGACCCACCCUGAAUAUUCUCAAGCUCCAAUGUGGAUUUGUCAUUCCCAAGCUGUGACCAGAUGGAGGAGGAGGCUGGGAGGAAGAGGAAGACACCCCGGGACACCCAGGCAGGCACUGAGAUGAGGACAGAGACUGGGGAGGCCAAAUCCCUGUGGCAGAACCUUGUGGAAGAGGCCAUUUCAAGCAGCUCCACGGCRCAGGAAUUCUACAGGGAGGAAAAYCCCUGGAAAUUUCGCACGAGGARGGGCUGCAAACCCAGCCCAGGGAGCUCUGAGGAGAGACCCCAACUGUGCAGGAAAGGCGGCUGGAGAUUCAGUCAGAGCUCAGAGCUGGUGGAGAAGCCUCAUGCUGGGAAGAAGCGCUACAAGUGUUCAGGAUGUGGGAAGAGCUUCAGCACGAGCACCCUCCUGAUGGAUCACCAGAACAUCCACACUGGAGAACGGCCCUACGAGUGYGGGAAAUGUGGGAAAAGCUUCAGCUGGAACUCCGGCCUCAUCAACCACCAGAGGAUUCACACAGGGGAACGYCCCUACAAGUGCWUGGAAUGUGGGAAGAGCUUCAGCCGGAGCUGCACCCUGGUGAACCACCAGAUGAUCCACACUGGGGAGCGGCCCUACGAGUGCAUGGAAUGUGGGAAGAGCUUCAUGCAGAGCUCCCAGCUGAUGAAACACCAGCUGAUCCAUACCGGAGAACGGCCCUAUGAGUGCUGGGGGUGCAGGAAGAGCUUCAAACGGAGCUACCAGCUCAUCAAGCACCAGCGCAUCCACACUGAGGAACAGCCCUACAGGUGUUUGGAAUGUGGGAACUGCUUCAGCAGCAGGAAAAAUCUCAUCAAACACCAGGUGAUCCACUCUGGGGAAGGGCCCUAUGAGUGCUUGGAAUGUGGGAAGAGCUUCAGUUGGAGAUCCAACCUCAUCAAACACCGUAAGAUCCACAGUGGGGAACGGCCCCAUGAGUGCUCUGAAUGUGGGAAAAACUUCAGGUGGAGUUUCCAGCUCAUCACCCACCAGCGCAUCCACACUGGGGAACGGCCCUAUGAGUGUCCCAAGUGUGGGAAGAGGUUUCGAACAACCACAGAACUCCUCCAACAUGAGCAAACACACACAGGGGAAAGGCCCUUCCGUUGCCCCGACUGUGGGAAGGGCUUCAACCGCAACUUCAACCUCCUUACCCACCGGCGCAUCCACACCGGGGAGAGGCCCCACAAGUGUCCCAAAUGUGAGAAAAGCUUCUCCUGGAGGUCAUCCUUGAUGAAACACCAACAGAGCCACCAGUAAGGGAAGCCCUUUCUUUGAUUGCCCAAGUGUGGGAAGAGCUUUAUGCGCUGCUCCAACUUCAUCCCCCAUGGAUGGAUCCAUAUUGGAUGAUCCACAGUGAUCCACAUUAAGCCUGUUUUGAGUGAUCCACUCUGGGUGGGGGGACGGUCUUUGAGUGUUUUCUUUCACUUCUCCAUCUCUUGCUGUGAUUUGGUUGGGAAUARAUUCAAUCCCUGUCCCCAUGCUGGAUCUGUUUUAGCUAUGCUGGUGAUGGGGGAGGGAUCUCUCCUGGUCCUUCUCUCAACUCCUGAGUCUUUCCUUGUAUUUCCUUUUCCUGUCCAGUUGCACAGGGCAGGGACAGAGUGGUUUUGGUGGCUCCCGGCACGCAGGCAGGGCCAGCAUAGCCCCAGGGGUUCUGAAGGAUUUGUGGGGGUCCCCUGUUUGUGGGACAUCUCCACUGGAGGAGGGUGUCUCCCCUCAUUGCAGCCCCAGCCCUCAGGCAAUGCUCAGCCAAGCAGAGAAUGCCCUCACCUGGGGCCUCAUUUCUGGGCACACGUGGCCCCAGACAUCUCAAUCCUCAUUCUGGGGUGUAUCUGAGCUCUAAGGCAUCUGGCACCCAACACUAGAGUGUAACUGAGUUCCUGCACAUCUCGAUCCGCAUUUUUUGGGUGCGCCUCAGCUCCUGGAUAUCUGGGAGCCCAUUUUUUGGCCUUUAUUGGGUUUGCAUGUGUCCUGGUUUUGCUCGGUCUGGUUUUUGGUGGUGGGGGAUGGGACCAAGAAGCCACAAAGAUGGCUCCUGUGAGAAAGUUCUUGAAGUUUUCUCCUUCUUCUCCAGCAAAAGGAGCCUUGCCUCCUGUGUUUUAGAACCAAUCCAUUAUGGUUCUGAGGUUGAUGGACAGGCUGCUGGUCAAGCCUGGGCCAAUUGCACAUGCUAGUUACUCCUCUGUGAUGAUGUAUGGUCUUGUACUUAAGAAGAAUUCAAAACAAGAUAGUUUGCAGUUGCCAUUAGUUUUUAUGUUGUUAGUCUCAUCCCCUGCACGGGGGGAGGACAGGGGAGGAGGGUGAGGAGAUAUAAGAAAAAAAAUGGAGACCCAAGAUCACCGUAAGGAAGAGAAAGAAGUGUGCUUCUUGUUGUGGUGCUCAACURUGGGAAAAGAAUUUUCUUGAAAUGACUGUUUCUUCAAUGGGAGACCUGUAUAGAAAAAAAGGCCCUGCACCCGAGAUGAACAACAUGGCCUUUGAGGACUGGAUUGAUCAUAAGCCAAAAAGGGRGAAGAGGUGSCCCCCCCCACCACCACCAUGUCUGAAGCGUGUUGAUGCUUAGAAGAAACUGUGUUCUGYCAGGAGAUUUGAGAGUGUGGCCUUGUCCUCAGACUGAAGCAUGCUGGCUUUGGAGGACUGUUUYCCUUU